AUUAAAACUGACAAGACACAUAUGUGAACAACAGCAGGUCCAGGUUCAGUCCAACAUGAACUGUCUGAACAGAACCCCACAGCAGUGACUUCACACACUGCGUCUGAGGAACAUGACUUUUUAAUCAUAUUUGGGAGCGGGAUGUCAAUGAGGUCGAAGCCCGCCCAGUGGACACACAGAGCCUAAAGACACAUUCAUACCGGAGAGCCCACAUCCACAAUUGGUCGUUGAAGAGCAAAUGAGGAGGUCAGAGAACACCAACAAGAGGAAGCUCUGCAGCAUGGACCAGCAGGAGAGUGGACCAGAGGACAAAGAUGGGAAGGAGUUUGCUCCUCCUCCUCCUCUUCUCUUCAGGAAGCUCAGUAACCCUGACCUUUCACCUGCAGCCACGUCGGCCACCAAAUCCAAACUUCACCGACAGCUCAGUCAGGACGAGAGCCGGGCCAGACGCAGCAGCAUGGCCAUGACAGGUAAACAGCUGCUGCCUCUGUCCAGCAGUCUGCACGCCGGGGUGAGUCAGCUGACUUGGCAGGGGGGUGCUGGAGCCACCGCAGGGCCCGGAGCUGUGGGCGGAGCUGCUGCUGCUGCAGGAGAAGCCAACAACCUGGUCCGAAUGAGGAGCCAGACCCUGGGCCAGUCUGCACCGUCUCUCACCGGACUGAAGGAGCUGAGUCUUCCCAGGAGAGGCAGUUUAAUCUGGUCGCCUGCUCAGUUGCGUUGCCACAGCAACAGCAGCCUCCUCCUCCAGCACCUGCUGUCCCCCACUUCCUUCCACCCCUCGGCCUCUCAGCCUUCCUUUCCUUCUACCUCCUCUUCCUCACCCUCUCUCUGCUGCUCUGAUGGCCCUCUGUCAGCCCCUGUUCACCAGCGGGGAAACCCCUUCCUCUGGAGCUGUCGGACCAGCAACAGGAAGAGUCUGAUUGUGACGUCCAGCACCUCACCCACUCUCCCCCGACCACACUCACCUCUGCACGGACACACAGGGACGAGUCCACUGGACAGCCCCCGCAACUUCUCCCCCAACACAGCUGCACACUUCUCCUUUGUCCCUGCACGAAGCCAUGGACACAGGGCAGACAGGUCGGACGGCAGACGCUGGUCCCUGGCUUCACUGCCCUCCUCUGGUUAUGGCACCAACACCCCCAGCUCCACUGUCUCGUCCUCCUGUUCAUCUCAGGAGAAGCUUCACCAGCUGCCCUUCCAGCCCACGCCGGAUGAGCUGCACUUCCUCACCAAACACUUCAGCUCCGAGAGCAUCACCGACGAGGAGGGCCGCCGCUCCCCCGCCAUGAGACCACGAUCCCGCAGCCUCAGUCCUGGACGUUCUCCGAUCUCCUUCGAUCAUGAGAUCGUGAUGAUGAACCAUGUUUACAAGGAGCGGUUCCCCAAGGCGACGGCUCAAAUGGAGGAGCGUCUGGCCGAGCUGCUCUCCUCCUCGGCCCCCGAUAAGGUCUGCCCACUGGCCGACGGGGUCCUGAGCUUCAUCCACCAUCAGCUGACGGAGCUGUCCAGAGAUUGCCUGGAGAAGAGCAGGGAGGGGCUCAUCACCUCCCGCUACUUCUACGAGCUCCAGGAGAACCUGGAGAAGCUGCUGCAAGAUGCUCACGAGCGCUCCGAUUGCGUGGAGGUCACCUUCGUCACACAGCUGGUGAAGAAGCUGAUGAUCAUCAUCGCGAGGCCUGCGCGGCUGCUGGAGUGUCUGGAGUUUGAUCCUGAGGAGUUCUACCACCUGUUGGAGGCAGCAGAGGGCCAUGCUAAGGAGGGCCAGGGCAUCAAGUCUGACAUCCCCAGAUACAUCAUCAGUCAGCUGGGCCUCACCAGGGACCCACUGGAGGAAAUGGCCCAGCUGAGCAGUUAUGACAGCGGGAACCCAGAAACUCCAGAGACUGACGACUCUGUGGAUAAUCAAAGAACCAGCGUCCCAGCAGCGCCACCUCAGGCCAAAACCAAAACACCUAGAGAAGAAGACUUUGAAAACAUCAAGCUCAUCAGUAAUGGAGCCUACGGGGCUGUGUUUCUGGUCCGUCACAAAGAGACCCGGCAGAGAUUCGCCAUGAAAAAGAUCAACAAACAGAACCUGAUCCUGAGGAACCAGAUCCAGCAGGCCUUUGUGGAGAGGGACAUCCUGACCUUUGCAGAGAACCCCUUUGUGGUCUCCAUGUUCUGUUCCUUUGAGACCAGGAGGCAUCUGUGCAUGGUGAUGGAGUACGUGGAAGGGGGAGACUGUGCCACACUGCUAAAGAACAUCGGUGCGCUGCCAGUGGACAUGGCUCGGAUGUACUUCGCUGAAACUGUCCUGGCUCUGGAGUAUCUGCACAACUACGGCAUCGUCCACCGAGAUCUGAAACCAGACAAUCUCCUCAUCACCUCCAUGGGUCACAUCAAACUGACCGACUUUGGUCUCUCGAAGAUCGGUCUGAUGAGUUUGACCACAAACCUGUAUGAAGGACACAUCGAGAAAGACACCAGAGAAUUCCUGGACAAACAGGUGUGUGGUACUCCUGAGUACAUCGCCCCAGAGGUGAUACUGCGUCAGGGCUACGGCAAACCUGUGGACUGGUGGGCCAUGGGGGUGAUCCUGUACGAGUUCCUGGUGGGCUGCGCCCCCUUCUUUGGAGACACCCCAGAGGAACUGUUUGGUCAGGUCAUCAGUGAUGAAAUCAUUUGGCCAGAAGAAGAUGAAGCUCUGCCUCUGGAGGCUCAGGACCUCAUCUGCAAACUACUGAGACAGAACCCACUGGAGAGACUGGGCACAGGGAGUGCCUUUGAGGUGAAGCAGCACUCCUUCUUCACAGAGCUGGACUGGAACAGUCUGCUGAGACAGAAGGCAGAGUUCAUCCCUCAGCUGGAGUCAGAGGACGACACCAGUUACUUUGACACUCGUUCCGAUCGGUACCACCACGUGGACUCAGAGGAGGAGGAUGACACCAACGAUGAUGAACAUGUGGAGCUCCGACAGUUCUCCUCCUGUUCACCUCGUUUCAGUAAGGUGUACAGCAGCAUGGAGCGUCUGUCUCUACAUGAGGAGAAGAGAACGCCUCCUCCCACCAAACGCAGCCUCAGUGAGGAAGGGGGAGAACGGAUCGACAGCCUGAGCAGCCUCAAGUCCAGGGACCGGUCCUGGUUGGUGGGAUCUCCAGAGAUCCUGAGGAAACGUCUGUCCGUUUCUGAGUCGUCCCACACUGAGAGUGACUCCAGUCCUCCUCUGACCGUCAGGAGACGCUGCUGCUCUGCCAUCAUCGAGAUGCCACGAUUUGCUAUCUCCUCUGAGGAGGAAGGAGGUCAAGGUGUGGCAGGAAGUCGUAAAAGCCCCAGUGUGCUGGGGCCCAAUGUAGUCAGGGGCCCCCGGAGUGAAGAGCUGCCCCUGGCCAUUCCUGAGCUGCCCCUGGAGAGAGAGCUAAAGUUGGACGAGUCCCCCACCACCCCCACCUCCACCUGCAGUCAGCAGAGCAAGUCCACCCUCACCCCAGGAAGUCCCAGCACCGUCUGUGACCAUGGUACCAGCAGCAGCACCACAGGAGUCAAACCUGCAGCAGACACUGACUCCACCUCCACCUCCACCUCCUCCUCCAGAGCCAUCAGUGACCUGGCAGCUCGGAGAGCCCGUCAUCGACUUCUGUCAGGAGACUUAGACAAACACACCUCAGCCCCCAGCUCCAGACCCAUCAACAAGGUCAUCAAGUCCGCAUCUGCCACCACGCUGUCACUCAUGAUCCCUGCAGACCACCAUGGAGCCUCCCCACUGGCCAGUCCCAUGUCCCCCCACUCCCUGUCGUCCAAUCCGUCGUCCCGAGACUCUUCACCGAGUCGUGACCUGUCCCCUGCUGUGAACAGCAUCAAACCCGCCAUCGUCAUCCACAGGUCGGGGAAGAAGUACGGCUUCACCCUGAGAGCCAUCAGAGUCUACAUGGGAGACAGUGACGUCUACACAGUCCAUCACAUGGUCUGGCAUGUGGAGGAGGGGGGUCCAGCCCAUGAGGCGGGGCUUAGAGAAGGAGACCUCAUCACCCAUGUCAACGGAGAGGCGGUGCACGGUCUGGUCCACACUGAGGUGGUGGAGCUCAUACUGAAGAGUGGCGCUAAAGUCUCCAUCGUGGCCACGCCCUUUGAAAACACCUCCAUCAAAGUCGGCCCUGCGCGAAAAACCAGCCACAAGUCCAAAAUGGCCAGACGUAACAAGAAGACCAAGACCAAGGAGGGGCAGGACAGUAAGAAGAGGACGUCUCUGUUCAGAAAAAUCACCAAACAGGCGUCUCUCCUCCACACCAGCCGUAGCCUGUCCUCUCUGAACCGGUCCCUGUCCUCAGGAGAGAGUGGACCAGGGUCACCAACACACAACCUGUCUCCAAGAAGCCCCACCCAGGGCUACAGGUCCACACCAGACUCCGCCCACUCAGUUGGUGGAAACUCCUCCCAGAGUAGCUCCCCGAGCUCCAGCGUCCCAAACUCCCCCGCGAGCUCCGGCCACAUCCGGCCCAGCUCGCUGCACGGCCUGGCCCCCAAACUGCAGCGCCAGUACCGAUCACCACGACGCAAGUCUGCUGGAAACAUCCCUCUGUCGCCUCUGGCCCGAACACCGUCACCUACACCUCAGAGCAGCUCACCACAGCGCUCGCCAUCUCCACUGCCCGGCCACGCCCUGGGACAGUCCAGUGUGGGCCAGUCCUUCCCUGUGAAGCUCCACUCCUCCCCCCCUCUGGUCAGGCAGAUUUCCAGACCCAAGAGCGCUGAGCCGCCCCGCUCCCCACUCCUGAAGAGGGUGCAGUCGGCUGAAAAACUGGCCUCCUCCCUGGCCAACGCCCCCUCGUCUCCCUCUAAUGUGGCAGCGACGACAGCGGUGGGGGAGAAAAAGCUGGGGGUGGGGGCAACUGUGGGCAGUCGGAAACACAGUCUGGACAUCUCACACUCAGAGUUCAAGAAGGAGAUUCUUCAGAGGGAGCCCAGUCUGCAGAGUCUGCAGGAGUCGGCCAGUGAGGGGCUGCUGUCCUCAGCGGGACGGGGUGUAGAGAAGGGCAGUCUGCAGAAACUCCCCUCCUCCUCUUCUACCUCUUCAUCCAGGAAAUUGGGACGUCAGGAAGGAGACAGCUCUCUGAUGGGUGUCUCCGGCUCUCUGGGCCUCACCCCAGGAAAGAGUAAACUGAAGGACAAACUGUCGGCCAUCAGACAGGACAGAGCCGAGCGAAGGGAGUCGCUGCAGAAACAGGACGCCAUUCAUGAGGUGGACUCAUCUGAGGAUGAGACGGAUGAGGGUUCAGAGGACAGUCAGGAUGGACGCAGGGGGACCACCUUUACUCCUCCACCUCUCCUGAGGCCCACCACUGUCAGAAGCGGCCCUGGGGGGACACUACCGUCCCUCUGUCUGUCCCCCAGCACCCCCCAUGCUACAUUUACCCACACAGGGCCCCCACAGCCGGGUAGACCCAGCCCUUCCCACGCCCUCACAGAGACACGGUCCGGUCAGAGCACCUCCUCUUCUGGACCCAGAGAAGGAGAAGACAGUGUACGACACGACAGGAAAGUUCUGGAGCAGAGCGUUGCCACAAAACCCACUCAGGGCCCCCUACCCUUCUCCACCCCAGGCAGUGCGUUCAUCUCAGUCAGUAAGACCACUACCCCCCAGCAGGAGUCAAAGAUUCUGAAGGAGAAACCUGGCCUAGCAGAGACCAGGGCGGAGGACAGAACCAUGGUCAAUUUUAAGACCACGGUUCCUUUCACCACCGUCACUCCCAGUACUCCUGACUUCAAGACCACCACCACCACCACCCAGACCAGAACUACAGACUGCCAGACCCCUGAGAGUCGAGAGUCUCCUCGAUCCUCCUGCUCAUCUCCGGGGAUCCCUAAGGAGAAGAAGGAGGCCGACAACCGCCGACUGUGCGCAGCAGCAGCCGCGGCCUGUCUGGGUGCGUCGGUGUCAACCUCAGGCUCCAGCUCCAACUCCGGUUCAAGUUCCCCGGUCCCUCCCCCUGAGAGCAGCAUGGACAGAGUUGUGUCUCAGCUGGCGAUCGUAGCUAAGAGUGUUCUUGGUCCUGUUAAACUGAGUACCACGGCAGACAAGACCCAGAAGGACCACAGAGUCUCCAGAGGCGGAACCCCCCAACCCCCACCAGCUGAGCUCCAGGCCCAUCGCUCUUCUCCAACCAGGCAGAAAACAGAGAGAGUGUCCUCACCCACCACCUCACUGAGAUCAGCCAAACCCAUGGCCCAGUCAGACUGCACCGCUGCACCACAGCCGUCCCACAAGGACAUCCCUGGAAGAGCCACGACAGGACCUGGAACUUCUGCACCUGCACACCGGCCCAGUGCAGCAGCAGCAGCAGCAGCAGCGUCAGUGGUGUCUCAGCCCACCAUGAACUUGAACCCCCCCACAUCUGCAGUAUCUGAGCCACAGCGCUGGAGGUCUGACACCUCCACCUCCACCUCUACCACAGCUGCCGCCAACACCUCGUCUACACCCACCCUUCAACUAGACAAAGCUACAUUCAAGAAGACGUAGCAACGCAGUGUCAGGAUGUACAGAUGACGCCACCCAGUGGUGGACGGUGGUUCACGUCUGUCCCACAACCGCAUGUUUGUAGAAAAUACAACAUGAUUUCAUCUCAACACUCACUGUUGACUUUUUUUUUUUACUUCUCAAGAGAAAAGACAGGGGGAGCUGUCAGAUGCAGAUGAUGGUAGUUGUUGUUGGAAGUUCCAUUCCAGAUGUUGUUUGCUCACUAACACCUGUGUUUUUGUUCUGGUCUCCUAUGAGUUGGUGUUCAGGGUUAGAGAUGAAGAGUGUGGUGACCCAUCCACCACCAAGACCUGGUCCUGGGGGCUGAUACUCAAAAGACCCCCACCCCAAAAUUCAUGUAGGUUAUGGUUGGCUUGGCAGCGACCUUGACUUUGAAAACUGUCAAAGGUCAAUCUGGUUAGUAGGAACAAUAAUGUAGGAACAAUGUUGAAGCUGAAGGUCGAAGGUCACAUGUUUUGUGUCAGAUCUGAGAGAGGAUCCACUGACCUCUGACCUCAAAGAUGGAGCCUCUGUCACAUGACUUAAUGUGUUGAUCUUUCACCUCUAACUUUUCCUCCAGUAGGAAAAGUGUCCCAAGAAACUCAUCAAAAGUCCAGACAGGUGUAGACAGUGUUUAGCUCAGUCAACAGUUCGCAGAACUUUUUUAUUCUGGUUUCAUAAUCUGUGACUUCACUCAGACGUCUCCAGGAAACAGAGUGUCCUUAAAGAGUUCUGAGCUGCAAACCCAUGAUUUCAGCUCAACAUGUGCCAAAGACCUGUCAGGGCUAGUCUCUCAUCUCCAGGCGUCUCCAGGUCCAGAUCUCUGAUCCUGUCAUUGUAUUAGACACUGAUCUGCAUCACCAGAGUCCAGUCAGAACACAGGGGACUGGACUCUCCGUCCUUGUCGUCCCUGAUGAGCCCACCCUGUAGUCCCACUCCAUUUUUACCACAGAACGGAGUCGUUCAGACUCAGUGAAGAAGAUCAUGAAAAUUUUAAGUCAGGUCCACCUGGUAGUCCAGGACUCAGGUACCUGAGUGAGGCCUCUCAACUUUAGACUUUAAUGUGAGGACUCCUGUGGGUUUCCACCUCAAUUAUUUCUAACCCCCAUCCUCCCUCUUAUCCCCCCCACCCCACCCCCCCAGCCUGCUCUGGGUUUGGACCAACUUGCUGUGUCUUUUUGUUCCAGUCUGGUUUUUACUCCAUCACAAAAAUCUACAGCUGUGGCUGAAGGAGCUGCUCACAGCUGUGUGUGUGUGUGUGUAGGGGGUGGGAGUGUAGGGGGUGGGUGUAGAUCCAGUCAGUGGAAAUCAAUGAUGGAGUUUAUAACCUGCUGUGGAGUAAAAAGCCAGUCUGACUUCACUUUGGAUAAGUGUUUAUGUGAGGACAGAAGAGAGAGAGAGAGAGAGUGUGUGUGUGUGUGUGUGUGUGUGUUUGAUAAUCUGUGCAUGGUUACGUGUGUGUAUAAAUAUAUAUAAAGAUAAGAAUAUUUAAAGAUGUACUGUGCAUCUGUUUUAUACUGAGAAGGUGUGUGUGUGUGAGAGAGAGAGAGAGAGAGAGAGAGAGCUUUGUGUGUGGUAGAAAAACGAACGUCCACCAGUUCAUAUCAACGUGUGAUGUUUUUUUUUUUUCGCUUGAUAUUUUUUUUUCUGUAAUUCUCACAACCUCCACUAGUCCUAAUUCCUGUGUGUUUUACAGUAAGUGCUUGAUGAGUGACGUUGUACAGAGUUCAGGUCCAGCGUGUGGGUCUCCCGGUCUGCCAGCAGUGGCCGCUGUUCCCACUUUGGUGUAAAGGACACUGUUGACCUGACGCCAACACUGACUCUGUGUUUACAUGUGGUUCAUCCUCCGGGUGUUCCCCUUUGUUUUUCGUUGGUCAGUGGAACUUGUUGCCUGUAGAGGUCAGCGAUGCUCUGGCACGCUGUGUUUGUCUUCACGCCUCCUCACGUCACCUCUGACAGCUGUUGUUUAUAAGAGAAGAGACUCUUUCAGCACAUGUGCACUACAUCACAAUCAUUCACGCACACAUAUACACACACAGAUUGUGUGUGUUUUCUGGCAGUUGAGUAAUCAGCCAACAGGAGUGUUAGUGUGUGUGUUUUUUUUUUUUAUCCCAGACUUGGAAUUGAACCAGGUUUGAGCAGCUCCACCUUGGAUCUGAAGUCUUUGUCCAUCAGCAGAAGAAGACAGUGAUGCUAGUUUGUUGCAUUGUUUUAUUUAGACAUUCCAGUAACAGCACUGUGGCUCCUGUCAAGUCUGAAUGCCUCUGUGCCUGCACCAAAGGAGAACAGCAGAGAGGUAACGUUCUAGAUGUUCCCUGGCAGGAGAACCCGGCACCACACUGUCCCAGAUUUGGAAAUGUUUCUGUGUCUACUGCAGUAUCUACAGUACUUCUGAGUAUUCGACAGCUGGGUCAGGCCCCACCCCCCAACCGCUGACACCCUGCUGUGACCCCUCACUAAGAGUCUGUGCUGUGGUGCCAUCAGUGGCCGUGUUGGCAUUAGCUGCAGCACUGAUUCACCAGGAGUAACAAUAUUUGUGUGUUUGUGUGUAAAUGUGAGUCAUUCAGGCCAUCUGCUUCACACACACACUUUAGCUUGUGUGUGGUGAUGAUGGUCCAACCAUCUGCUGCAGACUGAGGCCAGUGUCACUUUCUCUGCUGGAGUCAUUAAUCUCCAGCUCUGAGCCUGCUGACCACACACACACACACACACACACACACAGGGUCAGUUUGGCCACCAACGAUAUCACCACUACCCAGCAUCCUCCAGGCCACUCUGUUCUGUCCAAUUUACUCAAACACUUGGUCUUUGUCAAAUUAGUGCAACUGUUUACCCAGCAUACACCUGUGCUGCUCUUUUUCAGAGAACUUAGCAGAAGGUUCUCCAGGUUCCUCCACAGACUAGUUUGAUGUUCUGAACUGACCAUAGGUGUGAAUGUGAGUGUGAAUGGUUGUGACGCCCCCUUGUGACUCAGUCUGAGCUCACACUUUAGUGUCCGAGUGAAUAAAUGUCACACGUCUGCUGGGCCUCUGUACAGGGGUCAGAGGUCAGAGACAUGUGUCUGGACACAAGGAGGAUUAAACAAUUUUAAAGAAUUUAGAUCUGUGGAUGAACAGGGUUAUGACUGCCACAAAACACACACACACACACACACACACACUCUCUCACACACACAGUGAAUGUAAAGCUCAUAUGUGUCAGUGGUGUCCCAGUUGGUGGUGUCAGUGUCGUGUCAGUGUGUGAGGAGGUCGAUCAGUACAAAGGCCUUUGUUGACUUGACUCUUGCAGACGAUGGCAGUAUUUUCCACCUUGUGUGUCACGGGGGGGAGGAGGGGGGGGGCUGUGCACUGUAAAAGCUUGAGACACAUUAAGAUGGGGAAAAAGAAAACACUGCUAGAGUUAAACCAGUGCAAUAUCUCUUUAUUUUUAUUGUGGUAAAAGCAUGUUGUUGUCAAUCUUACCUAACGACAAUAAUAAAGUUUUUUUUAUGAU